AUGUCUUCAUGCGAUUUAACUUCAGUAACUUAUGACUCACCUUCAAUAGCUUCCCAAUAUUCGUCUGAAAAAGCUGAGAAAGAUGCACGUCUAAAACAUCCUGGAGGAAGACCACCAGACCCUGUUUGGGAUCAUUUUUUUGCAACUCCAUUGAAAUCGUCUGGUUAUUUUGCUGCCAAAUGUAAAUAUUGUUCUACACAAUUUAAUCGUGGAUGUCCUAAUCAGCUUGAGAUAAUCUUGCAAAAGAAUAAAAUAAAUAUUAAUGAUUAUUGGAAAAAUGAAAAUCAAAUUUUGGCUGGUUCUAAAAAAGAGGCAGUUGAUCGUGCAAUUAUUAAGGCUUUUGCUAUGUGUGGGCUUCCAUUUUCCAUAAUUGAGAAUCCAUGGUUUAUUGAUAUACUUAAAUCUCUGCGAUCUUCAUAUACACUACCUACCCCUGAAUAUCUUGCCAACAUUUUAUUAAAUAAAGAAGUUAUUAAAGUUAAUUGGGAAAUUGAUGAAUACUUAAAAACUACAAAUAAUUUAACACUUG